AUGGCACCAGGACUCGCCGAAAAAAUUGAAAUAAAUGCCGACAUGGGCGAAGGCCUUGGCCAGUGGAAAAUGGGCCCCGACGAGGAGCUCAUGCCGCUCAUCGACGCCGCCAACAUCGCCUGCGGCUUCCACGCCGGCGACCCUUCCAUCAUGCUCCGCACCGCACGCCUCUGCAGGCUCCACGGCGUCAAGGCCGGCGCCCACCCCGGCCUGCCGGACCUCCUCGGCUUCGGCCGCCGGCGGAUGGACAUCUCCCCCGCCGACCUGCACGCCCUGGUUCUCUACCAGGUCGGCGCGCUGAAAGCCAUCCUCGCCGCCGAGGGCCUGCCGCUCGCCCACGUCAAGCCCCACGGCGAGCUGUUCUUCUGCAUGCAGCGCGACGAGGCGGUCAUGCGCGCGGUGCUGACCGCCUGCGCGACGUUUGCGGGCGUGCCGGUGUACGGGUGCGAGAACGCGGCGCAGAGGCGGAUGUGCGAGGAGCUCGGCGUGCCGUUCCAGGGGGAGGUGUACGUGGAUAUUGAUUACGAGCCGGAGGGUGGGUUGGUGCCGAGGGCGAGGUCGAGAGAGGUGACGCCGGCGCUGUGCUACGAGAGGGCGGCGGAGGCGACGGCAAGGGGCACGGCCAAGGCGACGGAUGGGCGGGAGGUCGAUCUGGGGCUGAAAGGGGGGGCUUUUAGUAUUUGCCUUCAUUCUGAUGUGCAGGGUGUUUUGGAGAAUGCAAAGCUGGUGCGCAAGGCGGUCGAUGAGGCAAACAAGGCAAGGCUUGGGUAG